AUGGCCACCUAUCCUGUGCUAACAAUUACCAUAUGCACAGCUAUUGCAAUGAUGCUCCUGAGCAGAUCAGCUGAAUCCCCUGGAAGUAAGAAAAGGCUCAAACAGAAGAUACACGAAGGCUCAACUGAUGGAAAAGAGUCAAGGGAGUCUCGAAGGCUUCAGCCCAUCCCUUCGGUGGUUCAGCCCAACAAGCCAAUUGUGGUAAUUCGACGAGAUGCCACAAGGCUCUAUCUGGCCCCUCCAGACUGGCCUAAAAAUGACAACUACUCUUCUACUGACGAGAAGAAGCUACAAGAAGACGUAAAUACGUCCGUGAUAGACUGCGCAACAACCGACUUUCUAUGCAUCGCCACAGAUCCAGAAGCACAGCAGCACGUGCUAGGAGCUAUAGAGCGUUAUGGCGUGGGCUCAUGCGGCCCCCGAGGAUUCUUCGGCACGCUAACGCCGCACAUCAUGGUUGAGCGCGAAUUCACUGCUUUUCUCAAUCAACCCGCGAUUCUGUAUCCCAGUGCAGCUGUGGUAAUUCCGUCUGCUUUACCAAUUCUCUGCGGCAAGGGAGAUGUUCUCAUAAUUCCAGAGGUCCACAGCCUUGAGAUAGCGAGGGCUGCGGCUCUUUGUGGCGCGAAGGUUGUCACGCUUCACCUUCCGUACCUCAACUUACAACAACUCUCAGACGAGCUCCACAUCAGUGAUGGUAGCAUCAAAGAAUGCACAAGCAGCUUGAAGAACGCCAUGUGUAAGUACUUAACAAGUGAUGAAGUACAGAAAGAGCUACGAAAAAUCAGAAGGGAUGUAGAGCCUGUUCUCAAAGCAGCUUCAGCAGAAGCCAAAAACACCUGCUGGCUGGUGGCAGACACCAUCACUAAGGAUGGGAUAUUGUGCCUUCCCGAGAUCUUGUCUGUUUGCGAAACCAACCACGUGAGGAUCUUCCUCAACGAAGGUCUUGGACUAGGUGUCCUGGGCUCAGAGGGGCGCGGGGUUCCAGAGUUCUGGUGUGACAUGGGCUAUGCCACGGGUUAUCACCACUUCGAUCUUGUCGCUAGCUCAUUGGAGCAUGCAUUUUCCGGCCUGGGAGGCAUUUGUACGGGCGCGCUGCAUCUAGUGGAACAGCAGAGAAACAUGGGCCUUGGGUACUGCUUCAGCGCUAGUGCACCCCCAGGUCUUUGCGAGUGUGCUAGGUACACACUGCGACAAAUACCCAACGUUCUGCCGGCUCUUCACGAAUCCGCAUUGACCCUGCACAAAAUGCUUCUCUCUGCAGGUAUACCGUUUGUCGGAAUACCAGGGUUUCCUGCCGUGUUUAUUCAGCUCCCGGAAUCCAUAACAAGCGCAGCCAUUCAAGACAAUCUUCUUUGUCACAGAAGCGGUGACCGGUACCUUGUUGGCAUUGUUGAUGAUAAGACAAUUCGUGUUUCCGUCACAAUAAAACACAAAAAGGAAGACAUUGAAAAACUUUCAGAAUAUCUCGAAAGUAUUUUGAAAGACAUAGAAAGUUGA